UGGCUGUCAGAACCUCAUCGUCUGUUUUCUAAUCUGGAAUGUCUCGAUGUGCUUCUCGCCCUAGGAACUAAUGGGGGAAAGGAAUGCUUCCGCCCGGACAUAAUAGUGAACAGUACAAAUCCAUCGAGAAGAUUUCUACGUUGAUGGUGGAAACCACAUCACCGUCAUCAUGCCGACGGUGGUCCUGAUGGACGCGUCUCUGUCCAUGACGCGGCCGGUCUCUCUGGAGCAGUGUUCCGAGGAGUUGCAGAGGAAGAACCUAGCUGUGGCCGGACUCACCAUGCUGUUUGAGCACAUGGCUAACAACUACAGACUGGAAUUCACUUCUCUAGUGGCCUUCUCUUCCCUGUGGGAGCUACUGGUACCUUUCACCAGGGACUACAACACCCUACAGGAAGCCCUGAGCAACCUGGAGGACUAUGACAAGACGUGUCUGGAGUCAGCUUUACACGGAGUCAGCAACGUGGUGCAGCAGGAGUGGGGCCACGCCUGUCCCACACAGGUGGUGUUGGUAACAGACGGCUCUCUGGGGAUCGGUAAAGGCUCUCUGAGACACUCCCUACAGACUCUGAAAGGACGACCGGAGGAUAAGAAGUUCCCCCUGCCCUUCCCUUUCCCUGCCAAGCUGUUCAUCAUGUGCAUCGCUAACGCAGAGGAGUUACAGAUGACAGACACGAUGCAUAACCUGGAGCAGCUGCUCCAGCUGAACGGAGGAGACGGACAGAUCUUCACUAUGGAAGGCCAGCUCUGUCUGAAGAGUGUCCAGUCCAUGUUCGGACGUCUGAUAGAUGAGGUCUACUCCCCGUUCCCUGCUGUACUGCGUUGUGGGAACCUGGCAUCUGAUGUCCAGGUGUUCCCCAGACCUGAGCCUGUGUUCCUGGAUGAGGAAAUCGACCCUAUGCCCCGACACAUCCUCACAGAUCUGGAGAUAGUUGGUUUCAUAGAGAUAGGAGACAUCUCCAGUCCUCCUGUCAUGUCCAGACACCUGGUCCUGCCUAUCGUUGUCAAUAAAGAGGUGGAUGAUGUGGGUCCAGGAACCACAGAGGAGCCAGAGGAGGAGACAUCAGCCAACCAGCAGGCAGGGAAGGUCCCCAACUUCUGUGUCCUACUCCAUGGCAGUCUGAAGGUAGAAGGCAUGGUGGCGCUGGUGCAGCUGGGCCCAGAGUGGUAUGGUAUGCUGUACUCCCAGGCAGACAGCAAGAAGAAGUCUAAUCUGAUGAUGUCUCUGUUUGAGCCUGGACCUGAGCCUUUACCCUGGCUGGGCAAGGUGUCUCAGCUAGGACCUAUAUCAGAUGCAGCUGAGAACCCGUACGGGGAGGAUGACAGUAAGAGUCCUUUCCCUCUGCAGCCUAAGAUCAAACGCAGCUACGCUCAGAACGUCACUGUCUGGAUCAAAGCUAGCGGACUGCAGACUGAUGUGCAGAAGAUCCUGAGGAACGCCAGGAAACUGCCAGAGAAGACUCAGACCUUCUACAAGGAGCUGAACCGUCUGCGGAAGGCAGCGCUGGCGUUUGGUUUCUGGGAGCUGCUGAAGGGCGUGGCAGAGCUGUUAGAGAGGGAGUGUACCCUGCUGCCAGACACGGCUCACCCUGACGCAGCCUUCCAGCUAUCACACGCUGCCAAGCAGCUUAAACUGGCCUCCACAGGAGACUCCCAGUACGCUGCCUUCGACCAGAACAUCAACCCCAUGCACACCGACUUCUCUGGGGGAGGAGCUGGCAUGUAGAGGAAGGAAGACUGCUUCUGAAAUGGCCCGUCCUCUCUAAUGCCCAGGAAGCUCCGAUUCAAGUAGAGAUGUUGGCCUGUGUCCUCUCUAACGCCCAGGAAGCUCCGAUUCAAGUAGAGAUGUUGGCCUGUGUCCUCUCUAAUGCCCAGGAAGCUCCGAUUCAAGUAGAGAUGUUGGCCUGUGUCCUCUCUAACGCCCAGGAAGCUCCGAUUCAAGUAGAGAUGUUGGCCUGUGUCCUCUCUAAUGCCCAGGAAGCUCCGAUUCAAGUAGAGAUGUUGGCCUGUGUCCUCUCUAACUCCCAGGAAGCUCCCAUUACAGCUGUAAGUGUUGUCAAAAUGUUAGUUGCUCAGUGAAACUCCAUAUUUGGUGAGUAACUAUCUUCAUCUACAGCCGGUAUGUAAUUUCAGAAAAUAUGGAGAAAAACCUCUUCGGCACCUCCAAAUCAGAAGUCUACAACAGCUGGCCAAUGAGGCCUUUUGUAUUUAGACCUAAUAAUGAGUAACGGCUGUAUUUUGACAAUUUGAAUCUGAGCUUCUUGGGUUGUUAGAGAGGAGCCCCGUCAUGCAUCUCUAAAUCCUAUAUAUUCCUAUAGGCUCUGGUCUAAAGUAGUGCACUAUAUAGAGAAUAGGGUUCCAUAGGGCUCUGGUCUAAAGUAGUGCACUAUAUAGAGAAUAGGGUUCCAUAGGGCUCUGGUCUAAAGUAGUGCACUAUAUAGGGAAUAGGGUUCCAUAGGGCUCUGGUCUAAAGUAGUGCACUAUAUAGAGAAUAGGGUUCCAUAGGGCUCUGGUCUAAAGUAGUGCACUAUAUAGAGAAUAGGGUUCUAUAGGGCUCUGGUCUAAAGUAGUGCACUAUAUAGAGAAUAGGGUUCUAUAGGGCUCUGGUCUAAAGUAGUGCACUAUAUAGAGAAUAGGGUUCCAUAGGGCUCUGGUCUAAAGUAGUGCACUAUAUAGAGAAUAGGGUUCCAUAGGGCUCUGGUCUAAAGUAGUGCACUAUAUAGGGAACAGGGUGCUGUUUCGGACUAUUAGAAUGGCACACCAACUGUUAAAAGGCUUCACGUGUUUUUGACCAUAUCGUUUUUAUAACUUUCCUAAUGAAUAAAUGAAAAAAAGUUUUUUUCCCAA